CCUGUGAUUCCAACCAGCCCAACGAGCAGUUUCACCACGCCAACCAGCACAAUGGGUAUGAACUCCAAAAUGGACAACUCAACGCUGCAAGACGUAUUCAUCUUCUCCCCUGUGUCAGGACUUUAUGGCCCCAGGGAUGACAUUGGCCUUGUGUCGUGUGAUGAAAUCAGCAAAUACGGGAUUGGGAAGUCUGCCAUGAAAGGUUCUGAAUCUCCAAGCUACUUCCUGGAACAAGAAAGUGGAAAGUAUUACACGUUAAUUGAAGGCGAGGAUCAUCCCAUGAGUUCUGAAUAUGAAAGAGGUGAUCUGAGGCCAGUUUCUAUGCCAACAGAAUACAGCUGGAUAGGAGAUUCAAAGGAGCCAAACAUGUACAAGAGAGGUAGUCGUGAUUCUGAGAACUCGCUCCUACGAUACCUGAGUGAUGACAAGAUCUUAGUGAUCCAGGAAGAACCGUUGACCCAGAAAGAUAACAAGCGUGAUACAGGCCGGCGGUCCAGGAAGAAGGGCAAAAACAGUGGCAGUCCUAAUUAUCCUGUGAGCUCCUCCAUGAUGACCUCGUCUACUAAUGUACGGCUUGAACCGGGACAGCAGGAUGUCCUAAAUUUCUCCUUAGCUGAAAGCAACACCGUUCCCCUCUAUCACAGAACAGCCGACUCUGCCGGAGAUUCUGAAAGGUAA